AUGGCCGCCUCCUCGAGUGCCAACAGCGGCGCUCUUAGCCGCGCGGGCCAAGAAGGUGUCGAAGUGCUUUCACAACAACAACCCCAAUACUCGAAUGAGUCAUCGAACAAUCUGCGCGCCGGUCAAGGAAGGCCGUCCUACGCGCCGUCGACCCAGAGCGAGUACUCUGUUGCCGGAGGCACGGCCGCGCCGUCGUUCUAUACCGCCAAUUCCGAAUCGGGGCAUUCGACCACUUACGCCGACGCCAGGGACGCGGACAUGAGCUCGAUUACUCGGUCCGAAUCCCAGGCCUCGACGAUCGACGACCGUACGCACACCUAUGCCGCGCAGCCACACGAAUCGCAGCAGGCGACGCCCACGGUUGGUGGCCCGGCCUCGAUCCUGCCGCCCGCCGCGCUCGAUCAACAAGGCGGUUACGCCUCGCAUACGUCGACCGUACGAGGCCACCCUGCCACGGACGGCGACACCGGCAACGCGGAUGUGGCCUUUGCUGGGAACCCGUCGAAUGACGCCGCCACGCACAUCCCCGUCACCACCGCAUUGCCCGUGGUCGAAUCGAUGAACCCUUCAGCGGCGGUCGCGCCCCAGGACGGCCAAGACCGUUCCCGACCGGAAAUCGUCAACCACGCCUCGACGGGCUCCGGCAAGACCGCCACCGGCAUCACCCCUUCUUCACCGGGCAAGAAAUCCAAGUCGAACCAGGAUGGCAAUUCGGGUGAUGGGUCUCACACUCCCGGUGAAGAGGUCCUCGAGGAUCCGGAGAUGGCUCACCUGACGGACGAGCAGCGCAGGAUCGUGGCAGAACAAGUGUACGUCCGGCCUUGAGAGGAACAUUUCCCAUCUCUUUACAACAAAUCUUUUAGGGUUUAUCGAUGUCAUUCACGGUCUCUGAUUCCUUUGUCACGGCUUGAACAUCCAGACAAUUGGUCAUGACCCCAACGGUCUCAUUUUGGGGCCUGUUCCGUUACACGACCAAGUUUGAGAUGUUCCUCAACUUUAUUGGUAUUUUGGGCGCAAUCGUAGCAGGAGCUGCACAGGUCAGUUCCAGCAGAAGACAUGCCUGUGGCCUCCGGAUUGGAAAGCUGACCCGCGUGCGAGCGCUUCUCCGCAGCCCCUCAUGACGGUCGUCUUCGGUGCCCUCACAACCUCGUUCACGGCCUUCCAGUUGGCCAAGGAUCAGGCACCGAGUCUUCCCAACGGUGAUGCCGUCCUCGCUCGAGCUAGGGAGGACCUCUUCAAAGAGGUCAACAAGGAUGUUCUCUAUCUGGUUUACAUCGCCAUCGGAAUGUUCGUCGCGACGUGGGCGUACCAGAGCACAUUUGUGUACACUGGCGAGGCAUCUACAAGGAGGAUCCGAGAGGCUUACCUUCAUGGGGUGAUGAAACAAAAUGUAGCGUACUUUGACAAGUUGGGAGCUGGCGAGGUGACAACAAGAAUCGAGACCGACACCCAUCUCAUUCAGGAGGGCAUCUCGGACAAGAUCUCGAUUACGGUCAUGUUUCUCGCGACCUUCUUCACUGGUUUCAUCGUUGCUUUCGUUCGCAAUUGGCGUCUUGCAUUGGUUCUAUCGACAAUCAUCCCAGCCAUUGCAGUCUCUGGCGCCGUGAUGAACAAAUAUCUCUCGGCCUACAAGACCCAGCAACUCGAGGAGGUCGGCCACGCUUCGACGCUCGCCGAGGAGGUCAUUUCAAGUGUUCGUAACACCCAUGCUUUCAGCACCCAAAAUAAGCUCGUAGCAAUGUACGAUGUGCGCAAUGUGACGACUAUGGACCUCGGCAUCAAGUCAUCGCUCUUCAACGGUCUCGGGCUCUCGGUCUUCUUUUUCAUCAUCUACAGUUCGUACGCACUGGCCUUCUACUACGGAACGACCCUUUUGCUCCAAGGCCGCGCCAACGCAGGUCAGAUCGUCAAUGUCUUCUUUUCGAUCCUGAUCGGUGCCUUCUCGCUCGCCCAAAUCGCACCCAACUUGCAAGCCGUCGGGUAUGCGCGCGGCGCCGCGACCGCGAUCUUUGCCACGAUCGACCGUCAGCCCGUCAUUGAUUCGUCGUCGGAUGAAGGUCUCAAGCCCGAAAAGGUUGAUGGAUUCAUCGAGCUCAGGGACGUCGACUUUAUUUAUCCGUCUCGUCCCUCCGUUCAGGUUCUCUACAAGUUCAGUGCUGUGUUCCCUCGCGGCAAGACUACGGCACUCGUCGGAGGUUCCGGUUCGGGCAAGUCGACCAUCGUUGGUCUGUGCGAGCGCUUCUACGACCCCGUCGGGGGCUCGGUCAAGUUGGACGGCAUCGAAUUGAAGGAGCUCAACGUCAGAUGGCUGCGCAACCAAAUCGGCCUCGUCUCGCAAGAGCCCACCCUGUUUGCGGCGACCGUCGCCGGCAACAUCGAGAUGGGUCUCAUCGGCUCCAAGUACGAGAACAAAUCGAAGGAUGCGAAGCGCGAGCGAGUAAUUGCCGCUGCCAAGCAAGCCAACGCCGAUGGAUUUAUCUCGGCCCUCCCCGAAAGCUACGAUACGCUCAUUGGAGAACGUGGUAUGCUCCUUUCGGGAGGCCAGAAACAGCGCAUUGCUAUCGCGCGCGCCAUUAUCAGUGACCCUCAGAUCCUGUUACUCGAUGAGGCUACAUCGGCGCUCGACACUGCCUCCGAAGUGGUCGUGCAGGACGCCUUGGACCGCGCAUCGGCUGGUCGCACCACGAUUACGAUCGCCCAUCGCCUGUCGACAAUUAAGGAUGCCGAUCAGAUCAUCGUUCUCACCGCUGGCCAUAUUCUCGAGUCAGCCAUGUCCACUGAUGGCUCCUCCGCCCACGAGAUCCUGUUGCGCAACCCCGAGGGCGCAUACUCUCGCCUCGUCAACGCGCAAAAGUUCCGCGAGGCCGAAGAGGAGGAUGCUGAGUCUGGAUCUGACUCGGCUUCCGUCGAUGAGCGCGAGAAGUCCACCGCGAUCGGCAACUUGACGCGCGAACAGGUCGAUGAGAUGGCUAGGAACGAGAAGCCUCAGUUUGAGACGCUCAAGCGUGUCGGCACCGGUCGCUCCGCAGCCUCCGAGGCCCUGUCACAGCGCAACAAGGAGGACCUCGAGAAGGGCCGCACUAAGAAGCAGAAGCACUCGUUCAUCUACCUCAUUGGUCGCAUGCUCAAGCUCAACAGCGAUCGAAAGAUGGACUAUUUCCUCGGUCUCGUGGCUGCCAUCCUUUCGGGCUGCGUGUACCCCAUUUUUGGUAUCGUCUUCGGUGGCGUCCUCGGCAUCUUCUCACUUGAUGCUCAAACGCAGCGGGCCGAGUUGAGGGCCGGUGGUAAUCGCUUUGCCUUGUACUGUUUCAUCAUCGCUCUCGUCGCGACUGUCGGCAUCGCCGUCCAGAACUACUACUUUGGUCCGUCGUUUACAUGUUGCGCCGGGCCUUUCUCCGCGCGCAGUAUACUCAUCGAAGGCUUUGAUCACUCUUGCAGGGGCCUCGGCUGAACGCCUGUCGCGCAAGCUCCGUAAGAAUACUUUCGCUUCGAUUCUUCGUCAAGACGUGAGUUGGCUCGCCCACUGCCCCGGGUGUUGCCCUCAGAUCACUAACCUGUUCCCCGCGACCUGCGCCAGAUCGCCUUCUUCGAUCGAGAUGAAAAUUCGACGGGUCAUUUGACUGCUACGAUUGCGGACUAUGCUCAAAAGAUCAACGGUUUGUUUGGUCUCACCGCCGGUGUUAUUAUUCAGUCCUGCUGUGAGUUGCUUUCGUGGUGUGGCCGCCGUCGGAUGCCGGCUUCCCGCACUGACGGUUCAUGCUGCUUGCCUCUCAGUCACUCUGCUCGCUGGUGCGAUCGUCGGUCUUUCCUACGCAUGGAAGCUUGCUCUCGUGGGUAUUGCGUGUAUGCCUAUCACAAUCGCCGCCGGUGUCGUCCGACUCAGGGUCGUUGUGCUCAAGGACGUCAAAAACAAGAAGAGCCACGAAAAGUCCGCUCAGAUGGCCUGCGAGGCAGCGAGUGCGAUCCGAACAGUUGCUUCCUUGACCCGGGAAGCGGACUGCUGCCGCAUCUACUCCGAGUACCUCGACGAGCCGAUGCGUGUCUCGAACCGCACCGCGCUUUGGGCCAACAUGUGGUAUUCGAUCUCGCAAUCGCUCACCUUCCUCGUCAUCGGCUUGAUCUUCUGGUACGGUUCGCACCAGCUCGUCGACGGCGCAUUGUCGACGCGCACCUUCUUCGUCGCCAUGAUCUCGAUUGUGUUUGGUUCCAUCCAAGCUGGCAAUGUCUUCAACUAUGUCCCCGACAUGUCCAAGGCCCGAGGUGCCGCAUCCGAUGCUGUUGACCUGAUGGACUCGCGCCCCGAUAUCGACGCCGAGGAUCCCAGCGGCGAGAAGCUGACCAAGUGCGACGGCCACAUCAAGUUCCAGGACGUCCAUUUCCGUUACCCUACCCGACCGCACGUCCGCGUACUCCGUGGCCUCGAUCUCGAGGUCAAGCCAGGACAGUUCGUGGCCAUCGUCGGCCCCUCCGGUUGCGGUAAAUCGACUUUGAUCCAGCUUGUUGAAAGAUUCUACGAUCCCCUGGCCGGCCACGUCAUGGUCGAUGGUCAAGACAUCUCGCGCUUCAAUGUCAACUCGUACCGUGAUCACGUAUCGCUUGUCUCGCAAGAGCCAACUCUGUACGCCGGAUCGGUCAAGUUCAACAUCACCCUGGGAGCGACCGUUCCCGCCGACCAGGUGUCGCAGGAGCAAGUCGAGCGAGCUUGCAAGGAUGCCAACAUUCACGACUUUGUCAUGUCCCUGCCCGAUGGAUACGCGACCGAGGUCGGUGGCAAAGGAACGCAGCUCUCGGGUGGUCAGAAGCAACGCAUCGCCAUUGCUCGUGCCUUGAUCCGCAACCCCAAGAUCCUGUUGUUGGACGAAGCGACCUCUGCACUCGACUCUGAAUCCGAGAAGGUCGUACAGAGGGCACUCGACCAAGCCGCAAAAGGUCGAUCGACGAUCGCCGUCGCGCAUCGUCUGUCGACAAUCCAAGCCGCGGACAUCAUCUAUGUUUUGAAGGACGGCCGCGUCGCCGAACAGGGCCGACACUUCGAGUUGUUGUCCAAGAAGGGCAUCUACUUUGAGUUGGUCUCGCAGCAGGAAUUGGAGAAGCAUCAGUGA